AUGGGCAUAGUCGGGUAUGACCCGCUCCCAACCUGGAAUUGAAAUGCGGCUAACGAAUUUUUUUCAUAGACUAUAUCAAGAGCUCGGCCCCGGUUCACGAGUCUCCCUCGCGAAACUCUCCGCCGACCACUACAUCAGUACUGGUCGCCGUCUCCGUCUCGCGGUUGAUGCUUCAAUAUGGGCCUUUCAAGUGCAAGCAGGAAAAGGUAUUCCCGCCUCUUACUAUCAUUCUUUCGCCUCGAAGCCGAACGGGAGGGAGAAAAAAGCGGGAAUUACUAACAAGGGAACAGGAGGAAACAAUCCCGCAUUACGAACCCUCUACUACCGUCUGAUCCGCCUCCUUCACCUGAAUAUAACCCCCCUGUUUGUCUUUGACGGCCCCAACCGACCCACCUUCAAGCGGAACCACAAGACCAACACAACCAUGACCCCAACGCUGACCCGCUCGACAAAGGCCUUGCUAAAACUUUUCGGCUUCCCGUACCACGAAGCUCCCGGAGAGGCAGAAGCCGAAUGUGCAAAUCUGCAAAAACACGGCAUAGUCGACGCAGUACUCUCCGAGGACGUGGACACCCUGAUGUUCGGCUGCGAGGUCACGUUUAGGAACUGGUCUGGGGAGGGUGGGAAGAACAGGGCUCCUACGCACGUUAGUGUUUAUGAGAAGGAGUGUGUUGAGGCUGUGAGCGGGCUAACACCUGAGGGCAUGGUGCUUAUUGCGCUCAUGCGCGGGGGGGAUUACUUACCUGAGGGGGUCCCCGGGUGUGGGAUUAAGAUUGCCGCGAGCGCAGCGAGGGCGGGGUUUGGGGAGCUCCUGUGCGCGCUGGAUGCACAGGAUGAGGGGGGGUUGGCGGCGUGGAGGAGGAGGCUGCAGAAUGAGUUGGAGAUGAACGAGAGUGGGUACUUUAAGAGGAAGAGUAAGACUGUGAGGAUUCCAGAGGGGUUUCCAGAUAUGACCGUGCUUGGGUACUACAAGAAACCUAUUGUCUCAAGCAAGGAGAAGGUAGAAAGACUGCGGGAUAGCAUCUGCUGGGGUGGGGAAAUCGAUUCCUCAGGGCUGAGAGAAUCUGCCCGAUGGGCGUUUGAAUGGCGUGGGAAGAUAGGCGCUGCAAAGUUCAUUCGCUGCCUAGCUCCCGCGGUUAUGUCGUGGAAUCUCUGUACACCCACACAGGACGUUCGGGAGUUAGUCUCCGGCUUCCACGGCCGAAGAGAGCACUUUUCCACAGGGGAAUGCAAAGAGCUGCGAAUUUCAUUCAUCCCAGGAAACGUUGUCAAAGUCAACAUGGACGCCGAAGCCGAUGACGAUGUAGAGGUGCAACCUGACGACGACGAUGAACUCACCCAAGACGGCGAAGAUGGUUCUCGUAAAACAAAAGACUACGACCCAUACACCCCGGAGCGAAUGUGGGUACUUGAAGUGUUCGCCCGCCAGGGCGUCCCAGAUAUGGUGGAAGAUUAUGAAAACCCAAAGCCAAAAGCCAGAAAGACGACCACGGCCACUACUAAGAAACCCCGUCCGACAAAGUCUAAAGACAAGCCGGUAGAGGCCAUGGACACGAUGCUAGAAUACCUUACGAUCUCCAAGCCCAGCAAGCGACAACCAACCCCGUCCAAACACCUCCAAGGAUCCCGCUCUUCCUCUUCCCCCACGCGAUAUACCCAGAAAGAAGCCUCAGUAGGCCUCGCAUCACUAACUUCCUACCUCUCGGCCCUUCAGAUCCUCGAAGAUGACGACACACCUGCAGAUCCCGUAUCGUCGCCUGCUCCUUCACCAACACUUAAACGGAGUCUCUGUAGACAGCCGCUAACUUCCAACCCCUCAACUCAGAACAACCACCCACCCCCACGCGAACAGGAGACCAGUCAGGAGCAAGAAAACAUCUGGACCGCUCCCGCAUGGCCCUGCGAAACAGUUGCGUUAUCGCCACCACGGGGGCGUAGAUACUCUGCACUAGGUAUCUACGGAGUAGCGGCCACUCCACGGGCCGUUUCUCCCGCGGUGGUGGUUCCAUCGCCGGAUGAGAGGAUCAGCAUUUCUCUCCCCUCAUCACCGGAAUCCGAAACCGUUCCUCGAAGGAGGGUGGGCCAGCGUUGUGGUUCUACGGAGAAAAGAAAGAAUACUAGUAAGGGGAAGACACUAGUGAGUAUUGUGGAUAUUAGCGAUUCCGAGGGUGAGAGCGAAGUACCUGAUCGGAGGGCUUGUCCCCCACUGUUGCUGUUGGGGGGUAAGAAUGAGAAAAAGAUUGUCGUGAAUCGUAGGGGGACCAAGAAAGUUGUGUUGAGGACUAGCGUUGAAGGGUCUUGGAAAUUUGUUGACGACGAGGCCUUAGAUGUUGGUGGGGGUGGGUGGGCGGAUGUCGAAGUUAUGGAUUUGACGAGGGCUUGA